GCUGAAAGCUCACUGUAAUCUUAAUUGUGUUUCACAAUUCAAAGCUUUUCAUUUCUUAUUCAAGAACCCUUUUCAUGUAAUGUUAUUGAAUUUAUGUUCCAUUUUAUGCUUUUCACGAUUCUUAAUCGUUGGACCAUGUUACUUCAGAUGGUGCAUAAGUCAGACAUGUCGUUUCCCCCAUUAAAGAACGACUUAAUAAUUCGUGCGGCUUUUGGAGAAGUGGUUGAACGUGUCCCAGUUUGGAUAAUGCGACAGGCUGGAAGAUAUCUACCAGAAUAUCGAGAGGAGCGAAAGAAACACGACUUCUUUACAAUCUGCCAAACUCCAGAACUAGCUUGUGAAGUUACCCUGCAACCUAUCAGGCGAUUUGAUUUUGACGCUGCCAUUAUAUUUUCAGACAUACUGGUGAUCCCACAAGCACUUGGGAUGGAAGUGUUGAUGAAACCAGGAGUGGGACCUGUAUUUCCAGAACCUCUUGUUCACCCUUCGGACCUCAGCAAACUUGAUACCAAUGUUGAUGUGAGGACCAAACUAAAUUAUGUAUACGAAGCUAUAACAUUGACAAGACACAAGCUCGAGGGUAAAGUGCCAUUAAUUGGUUUCACUGGAGCCCCGUAUACAUUGAUGGGGUACAUGAUUGAAGGAGGUGGUAGCAAAACUAUGAGUAAAGCCAAGAAGUGGCUCUACGCCGAGCCUGAAGCAAGCCACAAAUUAUUGAAAUUAUUGACUAAAGUUAUUAUAGCUUACCUCAUUGAACAGGUAGCAGCAGGAGCACAGUUACUGCAAGUAUUUGAAAGCAGUGCAGAAUACCUGGGUCCUACCCUGUUUGAGGAAUACUCCCUUCCCUACCUGGAAGAAAUAGCAGCCGGAGUUAAAGAUGGCAUUACCCAGAGGGGUCUGGGUGAUGUUCCUUUGAUCGUGUUUGCAAAGGGUGCUUAUCAUUCUAUAUCUAAACUCAGUUAUGCUGGCUACAAUGUGGUAGGGCUGGAUUGGACUGUGGACCCUAAUAUUGCCAGAGAUUUUGUGCACAUAGCUGUCCAAGGAAACCUCGACCCUUGCGCUCUUUAUGCGCCUAAAGAAGAUUUGAUUGCAAAAACAACAGAAAUGGUCCGGGCAUUUGGAGUGCGGAACUACAUAGCUAACCUUGGUCACGGAAUAUACCCCGACAUGGACCCUGAAAGUGUGCGAACGUUUGUUGACACAGUUCACAGAGUCAGCGAAGAGAUUAUGAAGAAGGGAGACCCUUACAGUCAGCUCUAUACUUAGAUCAGAUGAUAGGUUUAUAAUUGGCACUGAGUUAUUCAGUACGACAAAUUAUCAUAAUUAUUGGUCUGAUCGUCUGUUUAAGUUAUAUCUUUUUGACCCAAGCUUUGAAUGUGGUACCCUCAUUAUUGACAAAUGGCUGGCUUUAGUCUAUAUCUAUAUUGAAUUUUCAGAUCUUAAUUUAUAAUACUUAAUUUAUAAUGUUUUAAACUUUAGACUUUAUUUUGAGUUUAUUGCUUGAAGAUUUACAAGUUACAUAAUGUAGCAAUUUUGUGAACUUAUUUAAUUCCAAUUUCUAAUGGCUG